AUGGGUCCUCACGACCAUCUGCAUGCCAGGACGCAGCAGCAGCAACAGCAACAACAUCGCGAAGCACUUCGCCUCGCGUUAGGGAGCAUCCUUGCCUCCGUGAGCCCAUCUUCUACCUUUGAUGACGCUGAUUGUUUCAUGGCGUUUGUGAUUCUGAACAAGAAACGUCCGCCUUUCAAUCCCCCGUCGCGCUCGUCGUCGGGGGCCUGCACCCCCGCGUUCGGGAUGUCCUCUGGUGCCCACACCCCCGCGAAUACGCCGCCGGUGACGGGCUACUAUCCUCUCGCCCACGGACCCAACUCGUCAGAGUACCUCCACCCUCAUCAUGCGUAUCAGCACCACGGGCACGCCCCGUUGCCCCCUUCGAGGCUGGGUCGCUCGAGUUCUUCAAACUCGCCCACUGAGAGUGCCAUCCCAUCUUCGUCGAGCUCUGCCCACCCGUCACCGAGACCUGGGGCAACAGGAUCUGCCGACCCAGUACCCCUCCCUUUCGACCUUGAGCCUCUGCCUCCAGCUGCCGUCCAUGCAACACCAUCACCGACGGACGAUACCAAGCCUGUUCGGCCGUCCAUCUCGCCGUUACACUCCGAUCAUGGAAGUGGGAGCGAGGGUGAAAGCGGGAGCAGCUCGCAGACUGGAGCGGGCACUCCACGAGCCAAGUUCUUGCAGACGUUGCAGUCGAAGAGCGCCUGGGACGCACUCAUCCACGGAUCCUUCUCUUGA